AUGGACAAGGCCGUCGACCCGUGCUUCGACUUCCACGAGUACGCUUGUGGUCGUUAUAAUCAGAGAGAGCCGCUCGACUGGACUUUUACCGCUUUCUAUGCGCUUCAACGGCAGAUUAUAGGCUACCUUGAGGAUGAAGAUGCCGACAAACUGGGGCUCAACUCGCUGAAGAAGGCCCAAAAAAUGUUCAAGGCUUGCAAGCAGUUCAGGGAAAUGCCGGAUACUAGCCAG